GGCCGCAGACGUCCUCCGGAAACGUGCACGUGCAGGCGGCCGGGACACGUCAUGGCGGCCAGGCGCCUCUUCGGUGCUACGUGGAGCUCGGCCGGCUGGCGGGUUCGGGAGCUCCCGGAUCCCGCCGCUUCUGUAAGACUCCAUGUACGAGAUUAUGCCAAGAGACCGGUCAUUAAGGGGGGCAAGGGCGCUGUGGUCGGUGAGGCCCUGAAGGACCCAGAGGUGUGUACAGACCCCAUCCGGCUCACCACGCACGCCAUGGGUGUCAACAUCUACAAGGAGGGCCAGGAUGUGGUCCUGAAGCCGGAUUCCGAGUACCCUGAGUGGCUGUUCCAGAUGAACGUGGGUCCCCCCAAGAAUCUGGAGGAGCUGGACCCCGAGACCCGGGAGUACUGGCGGCUGCUGCGGAAACACAACAUCUGGCGCCACAACCGGCUGAGCAAGAACCAGAAGUUCUAGGCGGGGCGGGACCAGAGCACCCUGACCCUCCAGUGACCUGGAGAUGCUCCCCGAGCCCACCCCCUGGACUUUUUUUCUUUUUUCUUUUUUUUGCGGUACGCGGGCCUCACUGUUGUGGCCUCUCCCGUUGCGGAGCACAGGCUCCGGACGCGCAGGCCCAGUGGCCAUGGCUCACGGGCCCAGCCGCUCUGCAGCAUGUAGGAUCUUCCCAGACCGGGGCACGAACCCGUGUCCCCUGCAUCAGCAGGCGGACUCUCAACCACUGCGCCACCAGGGAAGCCCCCCUGGACUUUUUAUUUUCUGGAAAAACAGACUUCUCCGAGAACAGAGGAGACUACCCCCCUCACUGGGGUUACUGGGUGGCCCCUACAUUGAGGCUGAGUCAGGGCCCUGGGGGCCAAUAAAGACUUCUUGGGGCAA